UUACGAAGGGUUCAGGCCUUUUAGGGCCGCCCAUCUAAUGAUACUAACGAGGCUCCUCCAAGUUCGAUAGAUUCAGGAACUCCCCAGAAAGUUCGAAGUGUGCUUAGGGUGUUACUCAAGAAUCCGUGGGAUGACUAUAGCUACAUUCAACAUCUUGGCCAGACCACAUUAAUCCUGCGCAAAGCAUCGUCCUUCCACCUUGCCGAUAUUCGAGAGGUUUCUCCUUUUGAAGUUUUAGGGGACCCACCAAUUCUUCCCCAUAUCAAGCAUGCAACAUCGCAACCAUCGAAGAGAUCUAUUGUUAUGAUGAUAGGAUUUUUCUUGUCAUGGAACAUCUUGACGUCUCUUUCGCUCAGUUGGAAUUCCAGAAAUAUGAUCUCGAAGAGCGAGAGAUAGCGACAAUACUUUUCGAAGUACUGGUUACCCUCACUCACGAACGACGAAAUGGCUGAUAGUAGCAGGUUCUAAAAGGCGUGGCUUAUGUCUCUUCGCUUAGGCUUUCUUGCAGAGACCUCUCGCAAGAAAAUAUCUGGUUGUCUCUUGAUGGAGAUAUCAAACUUGGUUGGUUCAUCCCAUAUAUGACACACAAAUUUUGCUUAUCCAUUCGUCACAGUCCUAGAUCCUCAAGAGCUCAAGCAUGAUGGUGUAUAUGAGAGCCCUAAAGUCUCACAGAUUCUAUUGGAUUUUCCAAUUUUGGCUGAAAUCAUAGAAUAAAUGAUGCUUUCUCGCUAUCACCUCACCCAAGAUGAUGAGAAAUGGUCUAGGGACGCGAUUGAGUUCAUCUCAUGUACUCUACAAGGGUCGUUUGAGAGUUUGAUGAAUGUAAGGAGCGACUAGAUGGUGCAUUGCGAAUAUUGGCUGAUCAGACUAGCAUUGCUUCCUCAAGCAAGCUGUAUCCCCAAGAAGGCUGAUUCCGCGCAUCCGUUUUGCCUAUGAAGCCGAGCGUGGGUCUUGGAAUUCCAAUACCGAAAAAGAAGCCUUUGACUUCGAUUUUGUUACGGCGGCUUGAGGAUGAGAUAUUUCCAUAUAUUGUACUUGAAAUCACGAUAAUGAACAAACGUUAUGGCAUAUUACGCGGCUGGUUCCUCGAAUUUCAUGACCUUAGGUACUCUUAGGCCCUGUGUCGUCCCACCAUGUUCGGCGAGGGGUGCCCAAUUCUAGAAUU